CUAAAGUGAAGUCCAAACCAAGCAAUAAAACGCUCCCUUCCCCCUUUCCCCCCCUCUCUCUCCUUUUCUUUCCUUCUCACGAAAAAGAGAACAAAAACCAGAAACCCUUUCCCCGUGAAAACAUCACCCUCAAACCCUCUUCAUCACCCUCAAACCAUACCCACCUAAACCAAACCCUAGUUCCUUUCACUUUCCUAUAUACCCCAAAACAAAACCAAAAAUCACAGUCCCAUAAACCUCACUUCCUCAACCUCAAUCCAACAGAAACAAAAAAAAAACCUCACUUAGAUCACAUAGAUCAAACAACAAAACACAGAGUUACCUAAAUUGAACCUACCCCAGUAGGUUCUACAAGCUCUUGAUCAUGGCCUCAGCAUCAGGGGAGGCACCACCACCCCAACCCACUUCAACAGAAGCAGCUCCAGCAUCAGGCUCUUCAGCUCCAGCCAUAUCAGCAGCAGCACCACAACCCGGAGGAUCAUCGCCGGCGCCUCCGAGCCGCUACGAAUCGCAAAAGCGUCGAGACUGGAACACGUUUCUGCAGUACCUACAGAACCACAAGCCCCCAUUAACGCUGGCGCGGUGCAGUGGCGCACACGUCAUUGAGUUCUUGAAGUACUUGGACCAAUUCGGGAAAACCAAGGUUCACAUCACGGGGUGCCCGUACUACGGGUACCCCAACCCUCCUGCGCCCUGCGCUUGCCCACUGAAACAAGCGUGGGGAAGCCUUGACGCCCUGAUCGGGCGACUCAGGGCGGCUUACGAGGAAAACGGAGGCCGCCCUGAGUCUAACCCGUUCGGCGCCAGGGCCGUCAGAAUUUACCUCAGGGAGGUAAGAGAAGGUCAGGCUAAAGCAAGAGGGAUCCCUUAUGAGAAGAAGAAGCGGAAGAGGACCACCGUGGUGACGGUGAGUAGUGGUGGUGGUGGUAGUAGCGGUGCAGUUGCCUCUCCGAGUGGCGGUGGUGAUACCGCUAUUGGUGGUGGAGCUGGUUCUAGUGCUAGUUUAACUUCUUCAGCAACUGCCACAGCUAAUGAUACUACAACCACAGUAUAAUUUUAAUAGUUAUUUAAUUAUUUAUUUUUCCUUAAUUUUUUUUGUUUUUACAUUAUUACUAUCUAUUUUUAGUUUUCUAAGGAAAUUAAUUGUGAUUACAAGGCUUAUAUAAUUAUCAAGUUGCAUAUUUUAUUAUGGCGAUUUUCCAUCUACGAAUUUUAGGUGUAAAUAUAUAUUGUUUAAUUGUUUA